UCGUCAUCAAUGCGCGGGUCUCUCAAAACAACAAGGUCUCUUCCGCGUUAGUGUGUACGUUAGGCGUGUAUUUUGCAGCCAUCAAAUAGUUAUUUGAGUUUAAGGUUAAGUUGGGUGUUAUAUCGUUCAUUGCCACCUUUAACGAAAAUCCCGCUUUUAGUGACAUGGUUCAUAAUUUUGAGUAGCUCUGGGGAAAGCCACCAGUCAAUGAUAGUUUAGCCAACGCGCUAGCGAUUCGGCUAAACCUGAGCAAAGAGGACAUACACGAAUGGGCUAUCUGACAACGCCUGUUUUUGUUUUUUUUUAAAUUCAGAAUAGACUCACAGUUUCGCUCUUUUUUAAUGUGGUAGCUUCCCUGACAUAGGCCUAUUGUGUUAACUGUGUCGUAAACCGCUGGUUUUAAGCACAUGUCUAGCGACAUGGACAAUUACAGUCAGCGGUUUGAUUCCGGACGGGAAACUAAAAAUCAGAAGAAAAAGGGGUUUUCUUACCACACCAAUGCAUGUCAUGACGAGGGGGACCGUAGGCCAAAGUUUCAGUUACCCUUCAGAAACAUCACUGAUGAUGUGAUGGACAGAUUUGCCAGUAUUCGGAUUCCGGGCAGUAAGAAAGAGCGGCCACCCUUAUCACACUCAAAACACAAUCCCAGUGAAUGGUCUAUUUCUUCAUCUUGCACCGCACAGCAGUAUGAGGAGCUGUCAUCAAAGAUUACCUCUGAAAAAGAGAUCUUGGCUUUGUUUGAAAAGAUGAUGGAGGACAUGAAUUUGAAUGAAGAGAAAAAGACUCCUUUAAGGGAAAAGGAUCUCAACAAAAAGAGGGAAAUGGUCAUCCAGUAUAUUUUUACUGCCUCUAAAACGGGCCCUUUGAGGAGCAGCCAUCAGAUUUCCCCCCAGGAAUUUCUUGGAGAGCUGAAGUCGGGGGCAAUGGAUGAGCGUCUGUUCAGCUGUUUAGAUUCACUGCGUGUGUCUCUGACCAGCAACCCUGUCAGUUGGGUGCAGAGUUUCGGACAUGAAGGCCUUGGACUUCUGCUUGAUGUUUUAGAAAGGUUGCUCUUCAAAAAGGAACAAGAGAAGAUUGACAAGAAGAACCAACAUAAAGUUGUCCAGUGUCUCAAAGCAUUCAUGAACAAUAAGUAUGGCCUGGAUCGAAUCCUGGAAGAAGAGAAAUGUCUUUCUUUAUUGGCCAAAGCCAUCGACCCCACCCAGCCUUCCAUGAUGAUGGAUGUGGUGAAGCUGCUGUCGGCCAUUUGCAUCGUUGGCGAAGAGAACACUUUAGAAAAGGUCCUGGAAGCCAUUACAGAAGCUGGAGAAUGGAAAACAACUGAGAGGUUUGCCCCCAUCGUCAAAGGACUCCGUGAUCGUUCAGUUCAGUUGCAGGUAGCGUGCAUGCAGCUCAUCAACGCACUAGUUACAUCUCCUGAUGAGCUGGACUUCAGGCUACACAUAAGAAAUGAAUUUAUGCGCUGCGGCCUGAAAGAGAUACUGCCGCAACUGACGGGGAUCAGAAAUGAGGCCCUUGACAUUCAGCUGAAGGUGUUCAUGGAGCACAAAGAAGAAGACAUGAUCGAGUUCUCUCACAGGCUGGAUGACAUCAGGAGUGAACUGGAUGAUGUGGGUGAUGUUUUCAGCAUCGUGCAGAAUAUGGUGAAGGACAGCAAUGCUGAACCCUUUUUACUUUCCAUACUGCAGCACCUGAUGCUUAUUCGCAAUGACCGUUUUGCCAGGCCUCAAUACUUUAAGAUCAUUGAUGAGUGUGUGUCUCAGAUUGUGCUCCACCGCAGUGGCACUGACCCAGACUUCGGUUACAGAAAACGCCUGGAUGUGGACCUAACCCACCUUUUAGAGGUGUGUGUGGACAGAGCUCGUGGUGAAGAGUUUGAACAGAGAGCUUCUGAACUGGAACAAAAGUUCGAGGAGGAGUUCGUAAGGAGACAAGAGCUACAAGCAUCACUGGUUAAGAGUGAAGAAAAAGUGACUGAACUUCAAGCUGAGCUGCAAGCCCAAAAAUCCCAGCCUGGAGCCGUACCCUACGCCCAAGCUCCACAGACUUCUUCAAGCCUCUCCUGCGCCGCACAAACAAACACUGCAGGACCUGGGCUACCACCACCACCACCACCACCUCCUCCUCCUCCGCCACCACCUCCAUUAUCUGGUUGUCCUGGCCUAGUUCACCCUCAAUUUGGUGUCCCUCUUCCACCCCCACUAGGCUUUGGUCUAGCUUCUCCGACCCAUAAUGCAUUGCCUUAUGGCCUCUUACCAAAGAAGGAAUUCAAACUAGAAACUUCGAUGAAGAGAUUGAACUGGUCCAAGAUCCGUCCACAGGAAAUGUCAGAGAGCUGUUUCUGGGUGCAGGCUGAUGAGAACCAAUAUGCCAAACCUGAUCUGCUGAGCAGAGUUGCUCUGACUUUUGGUUCACAAAGAACAGAAAUGAAAGCCAAGAAACAAGAGGAGGAUCUGGAGGAUAAGAAAGCCAUAAAAAAGAGAAUUAAGGAGCUCAAGGUGCUUGAUCCGAAGAUGGCACAGAACCUGUCCAUCUUUCUGGGUUCUUACCGAAUGCCUUAUGAGGAAAUCCGCCGUGUAAUUGUGGAGGUAGAUGAGGAACACCUCACCGACUCUAUGAUUCAGAGUCUUGUAAAACAUCUACCUGAGCAGCAGCAGCUCAAUGCCUUGGCCAAGUAUAAGAACGACUAUGCAAAUCUCUCAGAGCCUGAGCAGUUUGGAGUUGUGAUGAGCAGUGUGAAAAGGCUACAUCCUCGCCUUGGCCAUAUUCUCUUUAGAUUACAGUUUGAGGAGCAGAUAAACAACAUUCGUCCAGACAUCCUCGCUGUGAACGCCGCCUGUGAUGAAGUCAGGAACAGCCACUCCUUCGGGCGCCUGCUGGAGCUGGUGCUGCUUCUAGGGAAUUACAUGAAUGCAGGCUCCAGAAAUGCUCAAUCUUUUGGCUUCGACCUCAGCUCCCUUUGCAAGCUCAAGGACACAAAGUCAGCAGACCAGAAGACCACGUUACUGCACUUUCUGGCACAAGUGUGUGAGGUGGAGUUUCCAGAUGUCAUCAAAUUUGCUGAUGACUUUGGGCAUGUGGAGAGAGCCAGCAGAGUGUCGGCAGAAAAUCUGGAAAAAAGCCUGAGGCAGAUGGAGAAGCAGCUGCUGCAGCUGGAGAGAGACCUGGAAAAUCUCUCCUCCCUUGAUGACCCCAAUGACAUGUUCCUGACUAAAAUGGCUAGCUUCAGCACAGUUGCGCGGGAGCAGUACGACAAGCUGGUGGUAAUGCACAGUAACAUGGAAACGCUGUAUCAGGACCUGUUGGAGUACUUUGCAAUUGAUCCCAAGAAGACAUCUGUGGAGGAGCUGUUCACCGACCUCAACAACUUUCGUUCGAUGUUCACCCAAGCACUUAAGGAGAACCUGAGGCAGAGGGAGUCAGAGGAGAAACAAAGGAGAUCACGGGAGGCAAAGGAGAAGGCUGAACGAGAAAAGCAAGAAAGACAGUUAAAGAAGAAAAGACUGCUGGAAGUCAGUGCAGAGAAUGAUGAGACAGGUGUGAUGGAUAGUUUACUGGAAGCCCUACAGUCAGGAGCUGCAUUCCGAGACCGCAGGAAGAGAGCACCCAGACCCAGAGAAAAACUGCAGAUCAUCAGCCCCGGCUCCUUCCGUCAGGUGCUCAGGCCUGUUAACUAUGACAACAAGGCACCAUUACAAAGGGCUUGCCCACAGCGGAAUAUCAAUGUGGCUCCAGUGGCACUGGAAGCUUCCCAUCAGAAGGAAGUCCGCCAAGAGUCAGAGGUUCGUCUCUGUGCUGCUAAGGCAAAGGCUGCAACAAAUGCAGAGCCCAGCCGCAGGUACAGGAACAGCCCAGGUCACAGUGCCAGGGUGGAGACAGAGAGAGUGGUGGGAAAAGAGCCGGUUAAAGUGGCUGACAAAGAAAGGGAAGGUAAAGUAGCUCCAUCGGCCUUCCAGUCCUCUUCCUCUGGAGAUAGUCUUGGUUGCAGCAACAUGAGUGGUGAGACAGAUGUGGAGGCUCUUUUGGCCAAACUGAGAGCCUUGUGAAGUAGCUUUGAUGAAACUUACCUUAGAGGCCUAGAGCUGCUGUAAACACACUGAAACGUGCUCGGAAUUCUCUCCCAGGUUAUCCCGUGAAACAGAAUAGAAAUAAAAACAACCAGUUGCGGGACACUUUUAGUUUAGAAAAAAACAAUAUAAAUUAUUAAAAACCAUUCCCACUCCCCAGUUUUUCCAGAAAUCCUCUAGCUCAUGGCAUGCACUGUAGUCUGCGGAGUGUACUGCGUUAGCAAACAUGCUUCACGUGGUGGUUUGCGUUUAUAUAGUGCAUCCACUAUGCUCGCUUCAAUGCUUUUAAAGCCAAAGAUUCCUAUUCAUUUUUUUCUUUUUCUCUGAAGUUGACAGAUAAGCAAAAUUUCUACCUUAUCGAUAGACGUUCGCUUGUCACGUAUUUUUCAUUUUUAUAUAAUCAGCACAGUUUAUUGAAAAUGAGCUGUGGUCUCGCUGGGCACUAAUUUCCAUACCUUUAUAUAAAGAAACGCACUCUUGUUAUUUACGUCCUAUAAUAGUAAUAUAAACAUUCCACCGUUACAUAUUAGACUUUUGCGAGUUGUUAGAAAUGACCAGUUUUGAAUACCAAGAAUUCUGAUGAGUGGUCCAUUAUUAUCAAUGUCAGCCGUGAGCUAAAAGCAGACGUGAUCGUACAUACAAAGACUAGAUAAAUUGUCCACACAUACAUUAAGAACAGUUGUAAGUAGUUCCAAGGAGUACACUGUAAAAUAAAACGUUUAUCUGAAUCACUAUCACUUAGGCUGUAUCUCUAAGUUUACAAUUACAUUUUCCUCACUUUCAUUAAAUGCUUUUUUUUUUCAUGUUUCAAACUUUGAUUUAUGGUCUUAAUAUCAUUUUGGAUUUUUUUUGUUGGCUUUUUUGUUAGCUCAUUUAUAUCUUAUAUUCCAAAGCUGUUUCUUCCCAAAUCAAAAACAUAUAUAGCCAGAAAAUAUACACAUAUAUGUCUUUAGCAGAGUAUAUAAGUUUGUGUCUUUGACGAGUUUCAUGUUUUGCUGUUUUUCGUUGUGAUUUUAUUGUAGUACAUUUGAGGAGGAGAUGGAUGUUUGGGCUUUACAUAAUCUACUAUAAAGAGCUAAAACAUAUCCAGGAGAAAUAAUUGUUUUUGUAAAAUCACACCUAUAUUGGACCAAUCUUUUUUACCUGCUUUUAGGCCAAUUUACAAUAAAACCUUAAAAUGAAUGGUUGUUUUCUUCUCACUAAGAUCACUAUCAUUUCAAAUCAACAUGUCUGAAGACAAAAAAAAAACAUCAAUUUUAUGGCAUAUGUUUGUCUGUGUAGCACAAUAUCCUGCAUUUUAUAAAGACUAACAUAUAAUCAGAUUAGAGAAGCCAAACACUGUCACAUCUCACCUGGAAAUAGCCAGUCAUCAAAAACGUUCACCACAGUAACCACGCUGUCUCCGUCUCCUGGUCCUUGUCACCAAAACAUUUCAAAAUCUUAGUUCUCUACGUCCAACUUUAUUUAUCCAAUUGAUGCACCCCAAAUCCCCACGCUUUUCUUUCGUGACUGAAAUCUGGCAGUGACACGGCUUGUUGUGUGGGGUUUUAACUGCGGCCGGCAUGAACAGCAACUGGAUAAAGCAUAAAAUGCUUCACGUUUUUUGACUAUUGGGGUUCAUGAGAAAAAAAAAAUCAAUUUUUAUACCCUAUUGAUCGAUAUUGAAAAAAUUGAGAUGAAAUCUAUUGUUUGGUUUUUUUUGUUUGGUUUUUAACCCAGCCAUUAUAUGUAAGUGUUUCAUAGGUUGAUUUUACUGUGAAAAUAUGUGUGUUUGCGCUCCAGAACACGGACAGAAAAAUACAAAAAAAAAAAAAAAAUGCCACUAAUGAGAGACAAACAUCUAGAUCAUACUGGAACGUUGGGAGGCCUCCAUAACUAUACCUAACGAGUUUCCACAUGGUAAAAAAAAUCAGUGAGUUAG